UGCAGAGAGCUAAUCAUACUCUUGGUCUGCCCUAAUGGAAUUGCCGGAGGAGCUAAUAGAGAAGAUAGCGAGGGAGCACUUGGAGUCCUAUUCCCAGCUGAUUGCCUUCUCCCACGUUUGCAGAUCAUGGAGAUCCAUCGCCCGCCGCCGCCCCUCGCUUCCGGGGCUACUCGUCCCCAAAUCCACCUCCCAAUCCCCACUCGAGGAGUAUUACAACAGCGGCAUAGCCCACGAGUUUUACCCUCUUGCCACGCUCUGCACCGCCACCCCGCCGCCGAUCCCACGCGCCACCCUCUCCUUCCUCCCCUCUCCGUCCAAGAUAUCAGACGCCAUGGGCCUGCGCAGCCACUAUCUCCACCUCCACCACAAUUUCGUCGACAAGCUAACCGCACCACCCUCUUCCUCCUCGGACGACGACAACGACGAUGACGACAACCCAUCAUUAUCCUUCUGGUACCACAUCGACGACGACCUCUACGUUCCACGGAGUUUCGAAGUACCCGCUCGCUCCUUGGGAUCCAAAGACGGGUGGAUCCUCCGCACCCGACCCGAACGACAUGGUGGUCGUUAUUAUUACGACGACUGGUGGCCACAGGAUCUAUACCUGCUAAACCCAAUCACCGGCACCUCCGUCCCUCUCCGUCCCCUCCCAGCUGUCCACCGCCGGUACGACAUUAACAAAGCCAUCAUCUCUUCUUCCCCCGACGACCACGAGGGAGAGUGCCACGUGUUCAUCAUCGUGCACCGUUCGUUAGUAUGGUGCGACGUGUCCUCCUCCUCCUCCUCCUCCUCAAACGGAAGAGUUCGAGGACAAGGCUGGAAAUCGGUAGGUAACGGCAUAUUCAAUAUCCCAGUACUGGACGCCGUCUACUUUGACGGGAAACUCUACGUCGCGGAGGUGGAUCGCGUGCUCGUCCUAGACCAUGACCUAAUCCAGAAGAUGUCGACGUCCUCCUCCUCUUCUUCAUCUGUGACGUCGCCAAUCAUGAGGUCAUUCCCAUUCUCCAAAGCUAUGACAUCAUACUACUGCUACGGUCACAGGUUGUGCCACCUCAACGGCCACCUCCACGUCAUUCUACUCAAAAGCGAUGGCGAUGGCGAUGGCGAUGGCGAUGGCGAUGGCGACGGCGACGGCGACGGUGACGGCCACGGCGACGGUGACGAGGAGACCAUCUCUCUCCACGCUUUCAAGCUGCUAGCCCUACCUACUAAUACGUAUUGUUGGGAGGAAGUGAGGAGUUUGGAUGGACAUGCUGUGUUCCUUGGAGCUCACGAAUCUUUCUCGAUUCGGGCUACUAGUUCUGCCGACGAUGGGGUUAGAGGCGACCACAUCUACUACGCGUUCGGCGACGUCGUCAAUCUUGUUAAUCAGAAGUACGAUAGCUUUACCGCUCCUGACGGGGAUGAGGAUAGUCGCCCUUUGCAUUACCAACCAUCUUUUUGGUUCCUCCCUAUGAUAUGGGAUGUUUCCAAGCUACCCAAAAAUCAUCAUCGUAGGAAGAAGAAGAUGACAGAUUGGGAAAGGGAGCGCCUACUUGGAACCUCAGCUAAUUACGACGGCUGUAUUAAUAACAAUGGAACACUACUUGCCAUGGGAUCAGAGUGCUGGACGUUACCGAAGAGAGCCAUCAGGAAUCAUGAGCAUCAUGAUGAUACUAAGAUCACCCGUAGCAACAGAUUUCAUGCUCUAUUAUCGUCCGAUGAUGACGAAGACGACGAUGAAGAAUGCAACGAAGAUUUAAUGUUGAAGAAGUGUGAUUCAUGAGUUUGUUUUCAGUAGCAGUAGCACAUUCAGUUAAUUGCGUCCAAUAAAGUCGGUGUUUCAGU